GCUCCUGCGACGCGGGUCCGCUUGUAAAAUCCACCUCCAUCUUCACCAUCCUUGGGGAAAACGAUGACCAAACCUACGGGAGCAUAAUCUACAGAGUCUAAGCUUUCACCUGAUCUAAAAAUUGUGACAUUUCGGACUUUGAAACGUUAAAAAAGGAAUGGUGAAACGUGAACUCCGUCAGAAGAAUCCGGAUUUUCCUCAGGGAUUCGGGGGGGUUGGGGUCGCAUAAAGAUAUUUAGGAUUGUAGCAGUUAAAUAACGGGUUACAUUUGUUUGUGUAAAGUCGAAUUUAAGUGCUGACAUCGUCUGGUUAAAUAGAAAUUACCUUGAUAUUCAAUCCAGCGACUCGCUCGGCGGAAACCGAUAAACAGCAAUGGAGCUACGAGUUGGAAACAGAUACAGACUGGGCAGAAAAAUUGGAAGUGGAUCGUUUGGUGACAUUUAUUUAGGCACAGACAUUUCAGUUGGAGAGGAAGUGGCCAUCAAACUGGAAUGUGUGAAGACAAAGCAUCCACAGCUCCAUAUCGAGAGCAAGAUUUACAAGAUGAUGCAGGGUGGAGUUGGCAUCCCUACCAUAAAGUGGUGUGGUGCAGAAGGAGAUUAUAACGUGAUGGUGAUGGAGUUGCUCGGCCCCAGUCUGGAGGAUCUCUUCAAUUUCUGCUCCAGAAAAUUCAGCCUGAAAACUGUCCUCCUGUUGGCCGAUCAGAUGAUUAGCCGCAUAGAGUACAUCCACUCCAAGAACUUCAUUCACAGAGACGUGAAGCCUGAUAACUUUCUGAUGGGCUUGGGAAAGAAAGGCAACCUUGUCUACAUAAUUGACUUCGGUUUGGCAAAGAAAUACCGUGAUGCCCGAACACACCAGCACAUUCCCUAUCGUGAGAACAAGAACCUCACAGGCACUGCGCGCUAUGCAUCCAUCAACACACAUCUUGGCAUUGAGCAAUCUCGGAGAGAUGACCUGGAGUCUCUUGGUUAUGUGCUGAUGUACUUCAACUUGGGCUCACUGCCUUGGCAGGGACUGAAAGCCGCCACCAAGAGACAGAAGUAUGAGCGUAUCAGUGAAAAGAAAAUGUCCACUCCCAUUGAAGUUCUCUGCAAGGGCUACCCAUCUGAAUUUGCCACAUACCUCAACUUCUGCCGGUCACUGCGAUUUGAUGAUAAGCCAGACUACUCGUAUUUGAGGCAGCUCUUCAGGAAUCUGUUCCACAGACAGGGCUUUUCCUAUGACUACGUGUUUGAUUGGAACAUGCUCAAAUUUGGCGCUAACCGUACAGCAGAGGAAGCAGAUCGUGAGAGGAGAGAGCGGGAUGAGCGAAUGAGGCACAGCAGGAAUCCUGCUGCUCGAGGGAUCCCAGCAGCAUCAGGCAGACCCCGGCCUACACAGGACGGUGCUCCACCCACCCCACUCACACCCACCUCUCACACAGCAAACACAUCCUCACCGAGACCAGUCACUGGGAUGGAGCGUGAACGCAAGGUCAGCAUGCGGCUUCAUCGUGGCGCCCCAGUAAACGUGUCAUCCUCAGACCUGACGGGGCGACAAGACACUUCCCGCAUGUCCACAUCACAGAAUAGCAUUCCUUUCGAUCACCACGGCAAGUAGAUGCUCCUCACAUUCUUGUGUGAAGGCAGGUGUACCAGAUUGUCUCCAUGUCCCAGAAGCCUCCACUUUGCAAUAUGGAGCAUGAUGGAUGGGCAACCUUACUACACACGGCUGACUGACAGCUCUUCAUCAUCAGCUAUAGAUAGAGCCGUCAGUCUCUCUUCUAUCGACCAAACCAAAAUGGUGUAGAACCAACCUGACCUCUUUUUGCUUACAGGCUCUCUCUUCUUCUACUUCUCUCUAAUACGUUCUCAUAUUUUCUCUCCUUCGCUCUUUAAAUGUUCUCAUGGACCAUGAGAGCUACGGCCUGUUGUGAAAUCACACCAGUGAGCUGAGCGAUCAGAUCCUGGAUCAGCCAGCCAUUUCACAUUCAUUCUCUGCAUCUUUUCUUCACAUUCAGCUCUGCACAACUUUUCUCUGGUUCUCUCGAGGCUAACGUUUCGUCUGUGUGGUUUAAAUGGGUCGUUUAUUUUGUUUCUUUGUAUACUGAAUUUUCUUUUUGUAUUUUAACCUGGGCAACAGACGAGUCUGUUUGGUGACGUUGGUUUGGGUUCACUCCAAUUUUUUUUAAUUAUAAUUAUUUACUCUGUAUUUAUUUUUUAAUGUACGUUUUAAUAGUAGCUGAUGAGGUUCCUUUCUGAUGGUGAAGCUGGUGGUGUAAAGUGGACGAACCACAAAGGGGCCAAACUCUCAGCACACAUCUCUCAUAGCAAACUGACUGGUUUCCACUCGUUCGUCUGCUAUAUUGAUCUCUCUAACUGUACAAUACUGCCCCCCACCCCCAUUCUUGUGUGUCCUUCUGUUUCCAAGCUGUGAAAUAACUGUAAAAUAUUUGUGUAAAUGUUUCCACACAACUCUUUAGAAGGACUGAAAUGACCGCAGAUGGUUUGAAGCUGACAGCAGUUACUUUUUUUAAUCCACUCUUUCACGAAGCCACAACAAUGAAGUGCCAGACUUUGGGGUUUUCGUGCAUUCUGAACAUGAACUUUGACUCUUGAGGAAGCUUUUAUUUUAUAUCUUUUGGAUCAUUGGACUGAAUCAUGGUUAGACCUGCUACGUAAUGAUUGGUAGAGGACGUUUGUGUUCUGGCGGCUUUGGGAAGUGAUUUUGUUGGUGAUUGUGUUUGUGAAGGAUGAAAAGGAAUCAAAGUCUUGCUCUGAUGUUCAUGGAUUUUCCCCGUUUCUGAAAUAUUCCAGCACUGAUGUGGCUUUUCUAAUGCACCUUGAAAGCUGGUCUGGUCAUCUCGUUCCCUCGUCAUCUGUAAAGGGGACUUUGGCGACUUCCUGGGUAAUAUUUUCAUCUGAUUCUCCCUCAUUUUGAAGCCCACGGCUGUUUUGGGCUCCACACAUUUUUGUGGAAGUCAUGCCAAUUUGUCAGUCCUGUAAGAAUUUGUAUUACCACCGUAUUUGUGUAUUUUAAACAGUGUAAAUAAAUGAAUUACUUGUA